AUGACCGCAAAGCCGCUCUUCCGAGCAGUCGCGUCCACCUCGGCUCCAUCCCGCGCUUCUCGACUCGGUCCCCUCCCUCCCCCUCUCUUGAUAUCCAAACUCCCCCGCGAAGCCAAAAAGUCACGCUCGACAUCCCCCAUCCCCAAGUUCACCACUGUACCGGACGUUCAGACCGACCGAUGGGUCCCCCUCCCACCCCGAGCCGAGGCCGAGCGGUACCUCCUCGUCACUCCCCAGAAUCCCUAUCAGGCCUUCGCGUUCAACCACGAUAUCCGCUUCCAUACACAAUGGGAGCUGGAGUACGCCCUCAACCUCUGCGGUCUUUCGUACGAUGAUAUCCGGCUGGACCAACUCGGAUCGCUCGACGGCCCGACCGAGAUUGCGUCCGCCAAGAUAGCUCCAUUGCUAGAGGAAAUCUGCACCAAGAAGGGGGACACGGAAGCGGCGGAGAUUGCAAAGAAGUAUGGGCAGAACGAUGCAGCCCGGCGUUUGAGGCACGAGGUGGAUCGGGAAGAGGAGGAGCUGAGCCGGGCUAGGAAAGGCAAAGGAAAGGAGGUGCCGAUAGGGGAACGUCCAUACGGCGGCAAAAUCUCCUACGCGGUGCUUAUCGACCACUAUGGCGCUCGGUCCAAGAACCCUCGGCCGGACGAAUCUGCCCCCUGGAUCCGACCGCCAGAUAUCAAACCCACCUCACCUGUCGAUCCCAAGACACCAGCCCGGCGGGGCGCGGGCCCGCAGGAUGACCUCUCCAAUCCGCUCGGAAUCGCCUCGAAAGCGCAGGCUGCAAAGAAGCCUUCUUUCCUCGCUUUCCUCGAUCCGCCACAAAUGCCCGGGAAAUCCUCCAGGAUCGCACGGGAGCUCGGUCCUGGUCGAGUCAUCACCCUCAAGAUACCGCCCAAGGCGAGUCAAGCGCAGCUGAGGGAGCUGCUGGAAGGGACGGUCCUGGUGGUGCUCGGAAGGCCGUUCCGGGCGCUCUGGGCGCAUCCGGAUGGUCAGCGAGUUUAUGCGGUCGAAACGAAUGAUGUGCUGCCGAAGAUGUUUGCGAGCCGGCCGGAGAUUGGGCAGGCUCUAUCUUUUGCGCAGAUAUUGGAUCGCUUCAAUGCGCUGGAGCAAAAGCCCGGACAAGCUAUCGCCAAGUGGGGCUCUCGUCUACAGAUCUUCUUCACAGAUUCGGUCCCCAUCAUGAGCGUGGAUCCAAAGGCGGUUACAGUCAUCCCAGAUGUCGUGUCAUCCUCUGCGCCAAAUCCCGCCAACCCAGCGACCGAAGAGAUACUCACCGAUGGCUGCGGUCUCAUGUCCCGACAUGUUGCUCGUCAGGUGUACAUCUUCCUCUCACGGAACGGGUCCACCCCGCCCUGCGGUCAUCCCUCCGCCAUCCAGAUCCGGUUCGGCGGCUCCAAGGGCAUGCUCAUCGUCAUGACCGAAGAGCAAGAGAAGCAGUACCCCGGCAUCGACAUCGCUCUCCGCCCAUCCCUCAUGAAGGCCCUCGUCCACCCUCGACACGCCGGCGAUACCUCCCACUUCACCCUCAACCUCGUCCGAUGGACGUCUCUCAAGGUCGGCGUCGGCCUAUCCGCCGAGCCCAUGCCUAUCCUCGUCGACCGCGGUGUACCCAAAUCGGUCUUUGUCAAGCUGCAAGAGAACGUCCUGGACGAGCUCAAAGUCGCGUUCGCACCGACCCCGCAAACCGGCGAGAGCGAGGCGGAUGCAGCGCGGCGAGUGAGGGAGAAUGUGUAUAGGUUAGGAGGGGUGGGGCAGGAUGCCAAGAAGCGCGAGUGCAAGAAUCAGGGGAAGAGUCAGAAGGUGGCGGGGUUGACGUGGAAGGACGUGGACGAGGAGGAGAAGGACGUGAUGGGGUUGUCGGCGGUGGAUAUGCCAUUGGCGCUAAAGGCGCAUUCGGAGGCUUUGUCGAACUAUGAUGUUUGCCCAGUCAGCGGGCAGCCAUACUCUAUCGCCGAAGCCCUAUACAAUCCCCUCUGCGCUGGGUUCCACCCCACUCAAUCCGCCUACACCGCCGGAAAACUUCGAUCGCUCGUCAAGCUCCAAUGCGAGACUAUCGUCAACCGGUUCCGCCUGCCCGUCCCCCAAUCCUUAUCCGCAUUCAUCGUCCCCGACCCUCUCGGUAUUCUCGCACCGAACGAGAUCCACAUCUGCACCGACGAGCAACUCAUCAUUGACCCGGCGACUCAACAGCCCUCAUGGUGUCUCCUCGGUCCCGUCCUCGCCCUUCGCGUCCCGUGCAAAUUGCCCACCGACAUCAAAAAGAUGGUGGCGGUGUACCGGCCGGAACUGGCGCAUCUCCCAAACGUGAUUGUCAUGUCUGCCAAUGCGGCAUUGUGCGCCAGAUCACCCGCGUCGGAUCUGUCAGGAGGGGAUUAUGAUGGGGAUACGGUGACGCUGUAUUGGGACCCGGGAUUGGUGGGGCCGUUUCAGAAUGCGGAUGAGGCGGGGGCGGUGGCGGAGCCGGGGUUCAUUGAGGCGAAUUUUGAAAAGACGACGGUGACGGGUACGGAAGUCUUGGAGGGGUUGGAGGGAAAGGGGGAAGAAGACAGGGUGGUCAAUCUGCAGAGGUACCUGUUGGCUGGGCUGGGAGGGGAUGUGUUGACGGCGAAAUACUCGGACUGGCAUGGGAAUGCUCAGUACACCCUCGGGGUCUCUCAUCCCGCUACAGUCCGACUGGGCCGCAUGUCUGGUCUAGUUCUCGAUGCUCGAAAGUCCGGUCUUCAAGUCCGAGAGGAUGUCUUCAAGCGUGACGCGGACGAGUACGACGGCGAGGUCGAGUGGCGUUGCGUCAAGAAGGGCAAGGCGUUCAAUGGGCCCAGGUCGACUAGGGAGAUCAAGCGGCCUCACGGACUGGGGCAGUAUGUGAUGGACAAGCUAUACGAGAUUGGCAAAGAACGCAUCAACUCUGUCCUCGCGUCCUUCCCCGAGUUCUCGGGCUCGCGGAACGACAUGCCCGACCACAAAGCCCUCUCUGGCCGUAUCCUCGGUCUUGAGGCGUACGUCGCCGCCUCUCCUCACCCAGAGAGCACACGCCAACUCGCCCUCCUCCAAGCGCACGUCAAGGCAUGCUAUACCAUCUGGGAAGAUGUCAAUUCCGGUCGAACACCCCCCGACUCUAUUCUGGAACAAUACCGCGCCCGGUUGGCCGUCAUUGUCGGCAAUGCGGUCGCUGCCCCGCCGACACCCAUGACGCCCCGCCGAAAAACGACACCUUAUGCGCCCGAGACGGAUGAAACGCGCAAGCUGGAGCGGCGGAUCCGGCAGGGGAAUAUGAGGGAAUUGGCGAGGGUGUGGAGGGAUGAAGUGGGGUUGAAAGAUCUGGGUGCGCUGUGCGUCAUGGGACUGGGGGAGGAGUGGGUGAGGGAGUUGAAGGUCUCGAGUGGGGCGGAAGUGGUAAGUUUCCAGCCGAAACAGGUGUUUGUGUGA